UUUACCUGGAAAAUGAAGGCUUUUAAAAAGUGCAGUGUCUAAAGUUUGCGCAUAACUUUCUGUAACGAUACGUAAUUAAAUACUUAAACAGUUCUAAGCGAAAUAUUGUGGAACUCUGCCAAGAUGCAGUGAGAUAAAACUGAUUCUGUGCAAAAUAUAAACAGGGAGCAAUUUUCACUGGAGAGUAUGGAAACAGCAAUAUUACUCAUGUUUAGCACAUGAUGUUGCCAACAAUAUAUAUUUUUUUAGGUCGAACUAAUCCGCUUAGUGUGGCUUUGGAAAACAAAGGUGUCUUACCGCUAAAUGUGGCUUUGAAAAACAAAGGUGUCUUACACUCUACAAUUGUUAACUCAAAACUUAGGAUAACAUCCAUCUAUAUCCGUGUACUGUGAAGUUAACAUGUCUCUAAAAACUUUAAAAAAAAAUAAUUCUGUGUUCAUAUACUAGAAAAAUGAUCAGAACCUUUUGCCGGAAUAUAUUUUACAAGUUUUAGAACCAACCAUGGUCAUCAACGUUACAAGUGUGGAAAGUGACAUAUUCUUCAUUGCAGGCCGUUGUUAACAUGAUACAAAGAGAUCUAACACACUACCACCGCGACGAGAUGGGGUUUCUCCACCAGUUAGGGCUUCUGUUGUGGAAGAAUUUCACCCUCAAAAAAAGAAGUCCGUUUGUGUUGCUGUUUGAGCUUUUCAUCCCGCUCGUGCUAUUUGUCAUUCUGCUGUCCAUUCGGCGACGAGAGCUCCCCGAGCCCAAAGAGCAAUUAAAAUGGCCUUCCAUGCCGCUACCAUCGUCCGGGGUGAUACCCAUCAUGCAACAGUUCUGUGAGAAUGAUCACACUAUACCGAAAGAGGAGUUCAUUGCAGUAAUGCAAAAUAGUUCAAAAAAAUUCCUGCAGCAAUUACAGAGUCUUGGCUCCCAACACAACUUUUUCUACCCAGGGUAUACCCCGCGGGAAAUGGAAAAACUCCCUGCAAUAUACCGGGAAAUUCUAGAACAGCCUUUCUCGCUGAAAAAUGCCAUUGACUCGGCGUCAGAUUUCCCACUUAAGUCACUCUUCCAGUCAACAAACAAUGUUCGGGACUUCCUUCAUACCAACCUGUCUAUACCGUACAAUGACGUUGACUCCAUCCUCAAUGCUACUGUUAAUUUGCAGUGGCUGUCUGACUUCCUGUUUGGGGAUUCUAAAAAUAGAACAACUGAACACCGUGUGCGCCGAAGUGUUUUUGGCGAUAAUCCUUCCAUGCCUAGUGAUCUCAACUCAUAUUUUAAUGACACUCAAAAACUUGCCAUAAAUGAGCAAAGCUCUAUCCUAAAGAAUGUUCUCAAACAAUUGUUUCCAAGUGUUAGUAAAGCUUUACUAUCAGACAUUGUGAUGAAUAAACUGUUGUCAGACAAUGAACAGCCAAUGGAUGUACUCCAUUGGUUGCUAGGCAACAAGAAUGGUGCUCUUCCAUUUCCAUCAGAGUUGUCCCCCAUUGAAAUUGCAGAAUUAUUGAAGUUGGUGGUCUUAUCUCCUGAUGUUAUAAAAUUUGGGGCGUGCGACACAAAAGACAUUAGCCACAUGUUGGUUGUCCCUGGCAACCAGAAUGCCACAUUGGUUGAAGGGGAGAGUUAUUUAUGCAACAUGACAGAACAGCAGGCCCAGGUGUUGUCCGAUCUUCUAAACCAGGAGAUAUCGGAUGAAACUCUCGUUAAAGUGUUAAAACUGAGGGAGACAAACUUCACCUCCAUAUACUUGAAAGUUGAAGAGUUCCUAAAUAAUAUGGAGCGGUUUUACCUGUUCCAAACCUACCUCUUGGACUUGAGUAUACUGGUGUCAGACCUGCCCCAGGAUGGCUGUAACAUUCUACACGAGGGCGAUAACGAUACAACAUCAGCACCUGAGCCCACGACUGAAGCUCCGGGAAAGGGACAGAAAUCUGUAGCACCAGAUUCUGCAAAGAGUGAUGAAGAAAAGAAGAAAAACAAAUUUGCAGGUUUCUUAAAGUUCUGGAAUGGCUUGCAGACAACAAUUUGUGGCCAUAAACCAUCAAAAAGAGGUCAUAAUCAAGCUUCCAGUGAUCAGAAGAAUGACAAGCAUUUGAAUGAUACUGAUGUUAGCAAGUAUGGCAAUGAUACAGAUGAUGAUGGUUCUAAAGAUAAUCAUCCAGAUGUUUUGAUUCACCGGCAAAGACGAUCUUCAGGGGAAAGUGAGAUGGGGGAUAUUGACCUAAGUGAACUAGGUCUAGAUGGGGGACAAAAACAACAUCUGAAAAUCCUGGUUCACGUUCUCUACAGCAACCCAAAACUGUUGUAUGCCCCUAAUAACACUGCUGUCCAGAAAAUCAUCAAAAAGGCCAAUGGAACAUUUGAGAUAGUAUCGUCAGUAUCAGACUAUGCGAAAGAAUGGCUCGCAAUUUCCACUGACCUGAGGAGCUAUCUUCAACUAGAUUCUACUCGGCAGAAUAUUAUAGCCAUUCAACAGAUUCAAAAAGAUCUUCGCCAGGAGACCAGCCUGUUAUCCAUUCUCCAGCUAUCCAAAGACCCACGCGUGUUUAAAUUCCUCAACCUGACUAUUCCUGAUGCCGAUUUCUUCCUGAAAGAGAUCGAUUCAAUUGACAAUGCAGCCUGCACUUGGCUUACACUUAUGUCUGGUCUCAACUUUGACGUGUUUCAAGGAUUUCAUAAUGAAGGCGAGCUGACCGAUUUCUUCCUUACCAGACAGUACCAUGAGAAUGUCAGCGUUGUUGCAGGUCUGGUGUUUGAGAAUAUUGAAGCCAACAAGACACUUCCACCACACAUCCGCUACAAGAUCCGGCAGAACGCAACGUUCGUCCCGACGACAAAACGUGUACGGAGGAAGUACUGGUUCCCGGGGCCAGGCUCUGGGGAAUACCCGUACUACAACUUCGGGUUUAUUUGGAUACAGGACAUAAUAGAGCGAGCGAUCAUUAAUGUACAGGUUGGACAAGAUGUGGUAGAGCCGGGGGCAUACAUGGUCCGGUUCCCUUACCCCUGUUGGCUAUAUGACAAGUUUGUGUUUAUGAUCGAGCAUGUAAUGCCGCUAUGCCUGACGAUCUCCUGGGUGUAUUCCGUUGCCAUGCUGGUGCAGAGUAUUGUUUACGAGAAAGAACAAAGACUUAAAGAGGUUAUGAAAAUGAUGGGCUUGAGUAACGCUGUCCAUUGGCUUGCAUGGUUUAUUACGACGUUUGUCCAGUUCACUGUUACGAUGAUUGUGCUGACGGUCAUGUUGAAAUAUGGCCGCGUUCUAAUCUACAGUGAUCCCCUCCUCGUGUUCACUACACUGGAACUGUUCUCCAUAGCAACCAUCUCCUUCUGUUUCCUGAUCAGCACGUUAUACUCAAAGGCAAAGGUUGCAGCAGCAUGUGCGGGAAUCAUCUACUUCCUGACUUAUGUUCCGUACAUGUACGUCGCCAUCAAGGAAGAUGUUGCUGGGGACAAUAUCUCAUCCAUUGUGAAAACCUUUGUUUCUCUGUUUUCAACAACAGCCUUCGGAUUGGGCGGGAAGUAUUUUGCCUUUUACGAAGAAACCGGCGUAGGGGUCCAGUGGAACAACAUUCACACAUCGCCCGUUGAGGGAGACCAGUAUAAUCUUCUAAUGGUGCACUUGAUGAUGAUAUUGGAUUCAUUUCUGUACGCCCUGCUUGCCUGGUACAUAGAGGCAGUCUUCCCAGGCCAGUAUGGUCUACCGAGGCCAUGGUAUUUCCCCUUGACGAAGACGUACUGGUGUGGCGGGGCUCACAAGUUGACCGACGGGGAGUGCUGCAGCAUGUUCAGUCUCUGCGCGAGACAUCGGGGAUUCUCUGUCAUGGAGGAUGAACAGGCAGGGGCUAUUGGGCGCGAUCCUAAUUAUGCCUCCAAGUUUGAAACUGAGCCAAGUCAUCUGACGCAGGGGGUGACCAUUGACCAUUUGACCAAGGUUUACAAAACUGGACACAAGCUUGCAGUUAAGGAUCUCUGUUUGAAUCUGUACGAGGACCAGAUUACAUCCUUUCUGGGUCAUAAUGGCGCUGGCAAAACUACCACCAUGUCCAUUUUGACAGGUCUGUUCCCACCAACUUCUGGCUCAGCGACGAUAUACGGGCACGACAUUCGCCUGGACAUGGAGGUUAUCCGCCAAGGUCUUGGCAUGUGUCCGCAGCAUAACGUUCUCUUUGAUAAACUCACGGUGGAGGAACAUCUCUGGUUUUACGCCAGACUAAAGGGCAUGAAAACAUCAGAUAUCAACUCCGAGAUGCACAUGAUGAUAGAGGACCUUGGACUUCCUAAUAAACGUAAAAGCCAGGUGGACUGUUUAUCCGGGGGUAUGCAACGUAAGCUCUCUGUUGCCAUCGCAUUCGUUGGUGGAUCCCGAACAGUCAUCUUGGACGAGCCAACAGCAGGAGUCGACCCUUACGCCAGACGCGCCAUCUGGGACCUGUUGAUCAAAUAUAAGAGCGGACGUACAAUUCUCCUCUCGACACAUCAUAUGGAUGAGGCAGAUUUGUUGGGUGACAGGAUUGCGAUUAUUUCCAAUGGGGCACUGAAAUGCUGCGGAAGCCCGCUGUUUCUGAAGAAUACCUUCUGUGAAGGGUACCAUCUAAAAUUGGUUAAACAGGAAAAUGAAGAAGAUGUGAUUUCCACAGAUGACCUUGACACAGAAGAUCCUACCCACAAUGCACCAGCAACAGGAAGUAAGUGUGAUGCCGGUUCCGUGACCCAGUUUAUACAGAAGUAUGUGUCCACUGCCUACCUGAAAACGGACACCAAAAGAGAGCUACAUUAUAUCCUGCCUUAUGAAGAGGCAAAGAAAGGCAAUUUUGAAAGACUUUUUCAGGCCCUUGAGUCUGGGGACAAGCAGCUUUACAUCACCAGUUAUGGUGUUGCCGAUAGCAACCUGGAGGAGGUUUUCUUGGAGGUUACAGAGAAUGCCAUCAGGGAUGAAGAGGAUAAAAAACCAAAGCCUAUGAAAACAUUCCAAAUCAAACAGAAUUCCCACACCACAACCUCUCCUCCAGCUAGACUCUCAUUGGAUGAUGAUCUGACUGAAGCUGUAGGUGGCCAUUCAGGACCUGACUUGGAACUCAAACCAGCCAAUCAAAGUCCAGGAAAUGAACUGGAACUGGGUCACAUGACUGAGGCACCAGCCAAUCAAAAUAGGACUGAAGGAGUCGAUGUAGCAGACAAGCAGACCAAUCAAAGAGUGGAAAGUGAAGUGAAUAUUGAAGAAGAGGCAAGAGAUCAGAGAAACAUGGAAAUGUUAUGUGGAAAAGGAUCCUAUGUUCUGUCUAACAAAUGGCUACUGUUAAACCAUUUCCGAGCUGUGAUCAUCAAACGCUUCCACUACAUCACCCGCAACUGGAAAAGUCUGUUCUCUCAGAUAAUUCUACCAGCCCUUUUCGUUUCCAUAGCAAUGACGGUAGCCCUUUCAGCCCCUAAAGAUGAAGACUUACCCCCACUGGAAUUAAGCCCGUCCAUGUAUUUCAAUGUGACCCAACCCAAGGGAAAUUAUAUACCAAUCUCUAAUGAACACUCAAGUGAACGAGCGGUGAACUAUUUGAAGGAUAAAGGACCUGAUGACUUGAUCAAGACCUUCCAUCUCCCUUCUGGGGUUGGUGCUACAUGCGUCCUCAAAUCGCCGUUCAACAGCACACUUGACAGUGAUGUUCUACGAACGCUAAAUCAAAACAACUCCGCGCACACGCUACGUCUCCUCUCUCACUACUACCAGGCGGGAUGCGAGCGUGUGUUCGUGCCGGGAAUUCAACUCGAGAAUUAUGUGCCGCAAGCAGCGGUGAUCUCUAACAAUGGACGGCUUGAGGAAUUGCAUUCUGGCCAAGAUGUUCCACCUACAAUGUCCAUGCCAGAUGGUCGAUACUACCCUAACUGUAUAUGCAAGAAAGACAACUCCGGAUUCGAAUGUUCAGAACCCUCGCAGCGACCCCCAGAAUUCCGGGUUGUUACACGGGACAUAAUGCAGGAUAUCUCUGUUAAGAGUAUGAACAAAGGCGUUUACGAGCAGGGGAAAUAUUACCUGUAUACUACAGACGAAUACAGGCUGCAUAGGUAUGGAGCAUUCAGUUUUGGCACUGAAUGUGAGUCGGUCCCCAAGAACUUUGGAGAGAACAGCCCCACCAUUUUCCGACAACUAGCUGUGAGAGGAACAGCCAUUGCAUGGUUUAAUCAGAAAGGAUUCCACUCCAUGCCGACAUACCUGAACACUUUAAACAACGCCAUACUUCGGGCGAAUCUCAAUCAGUCCAUCAAGGGACACCCUGCAGCUUAUGGAAUUACCCUCAUAAAUCAUCCGAUGAACCAAACAAACAACAUUCUCAACAUGGAUUACAUUCUGCAAGGAGCUGAUGUUCUGAUUGCAAUAUUUAUUAUCGCUGCAAUGUCAUUCGUGCCAGCCAGUUUCGUUGUCUUCCUCGUCUAUGAACGAUCAAUCAAGGCGAAACAUCUACAGUUUGUCAGCGGCCUUAACCCAGUCAUGUACUGGCUCGCUAACUAUGUUUGGGAUAUGUGCAAUUAUGUGAUUCCGGCGGUGUGCAUCAUUGUUAUUCUCCUGGCGUUCCAAAUCCCGGCCUACGUCUCUUCCACAAACCUGCCAGCUGUUAUUGCACUCUUCUUCCUUUAUGGCUGGUCAAUGACCCCCGUGAUGUACCCAGCCUCGUUUUUCUUCAAGGAGCCCAGCACAGCCUACAUUUGCCUGAUUGUCAUCAACCUGUUCACUGGAAUCACAUGCAUUGUCUGUAGCUUCCUACUAGAGAUAUUCUCAUAUGAUAAGGCCCUGAAUCGUGUACAUGACAUUAUGAAGGAUGUUUUCCUCAUUUUCCCAAAUUACUGCCUUGGUCGGGGCCUCAUGGACAUUGCCUUCAACCAGUACAAGAAUGAGUUUUACUUUAAAACUGGUCAGUAUGACAAGAUGUUAUCCCCUCUGCGCUGGGACCUGAUCACCAAGAAGCUAGUCAUAAUGUCCAUCAUGGGCCUCGUCUUCUUUGUCAUCACCCUGCUCUGUGAAUAUAGAUUCUUCAUCAAAGCCAGGCGGCACGUCAAAUUUGCUAGUAAUGGAGUAGGGGAGGAAGAUGUUGAUGUGGCAACGGAAAGGAAGAGGGUCACACGGGGAACAGGCCGGAAAGAUCUGCUUCGUCUCGAAAACCUGACCAAGGUUUACAAGACUCGUAAAAUGGGUCAUCACCUGGCAGUGGACAAGAUGUGUAUUGGCGUGCCAGAAGGAGAGUGUUUUGGCCUCCUGGGAGUGAACGGUGCUGGAAAGACAACAACAUUUAAGAUGUUGACGGGGGAUCUUCGACCUACAUCAGGCGACGCUUACCUCAACAGAUACAGUAUAACCAAGGACAUGUUGAAGGUACAACAGAACAUUGGCUACUGUCCACAGUUUGACGCUCUAUUCGAUGAAUUAACAGCUCGUGAACACAUACAACUGUACAGUAGACUGAGGGGUGUACCUCCAUCUGAGGAGAACCAGAUAGUAGAAUGGGCACUUAAAAAGCUCAACCUGACGGAGUAUCAGAACAAACUGUCUGGCACGUACAGUGGAGGAAAUAAGAGGAAGUUAUCCACUGCUAUAGCUCUCAUAGGUCACCCUCCACUGAUUUUUAUGGAUGAGCCAACUACUGGCAUGGACCCACACUCACGGCGCUUUUUAUGGGACCUUAUACUGAACCUCAUCAAAGAUGGCCGCUCUAUUAUACUGACAUCUCAUAGCAUGGAAGAGUGUGAGGCGCUAUGUACCCGUCUGGCCAUCAUGGUGAAUGGUCAGUUCAAGUGUCUGGGAAGUAUACAGCAUCUCAAGAAUAAGUUCGGGGACGGAUAUACUCUUAGUCUUCGACUUAAAGGGCCAGAGUUUGAACACUCACAGACGCGUGCAAGACGGUUUAUUCUCCAAAACUUUCCGGCUGCAGAUAUUAAAGAGUGCCACCACAACUUGCUUCAGUUUGAGUUAAAAAGCCAGGAUAUAUCACUAUCGUAUGUUUUCUCUAAACUCGAGGAAGCCCAGACUGAUCUCAACAUAGAGGACUAUUCUGUCAGCCAGAAUACUCUCGACAAUGUCUUUAUAAACUUUGUGAAGCAACAAGUGGAGAUAGUGCAAGAGAGCGAAGACUCCACCCUAGAUAUCCAUGCUUCCAGAACAAGGUCUCGUGCAGUGUCAUCUACUACAAAUAUAUCGUCUUCGUCUUCGCAAGACGAUGAGAUGUUGUCAGACUUGCAGGCUGAGGUUCCCUUGGAAACAGAGGAUGAUGAUGUCCCUUUGUUAGGAUUUGGAGGAGCCGGGACUCACUUAUCCCUGCUCAGUAUGGAUACAGUCAACACAUGAUCAAGAAACAAUUCCUUAAUAGAGACCUGCUAUCUAUUGCAACAGUUCUUGCCAAAAGCAAGUAAAGCCAUAGUAAAGCCAUAUACAUUCUAGAGCAUACAUUAAGCCUACACAUAUGUUGAGAAAAUAACUAGUAUCAAUAUUCUAAGCUUCGAGAAGCAAGGUAACGCAUAGCAACAGAAACUAACUUGUAACAGUCUUCUAGUACCGGUAUAGUUGGAAGUGAAUUUUGAAUUAGCUCUUGAUGCAAAUAUGGAGAGCCAAUUGUUAUGAUCAUUGUUAUGUGAAAUAUUUGGUUGUCUGGAACUUCAUUUUAAGAUAAACAUUGUGUUUUUGUGAUGAACUUUGGUUCAUAAGCUAAAGGAAAUGGUUAUGAGUUGAUUAAACUUACUACCUUUUGGCAUUUAUUCUGAUUAUGGUAUAGUUUAUGUAACAAAGAUCAUUUGCCAUGUGUUUUAUUUAUAUGCAUUUCCACUUGUGUUUUGUUUUUAUUUUGUCUUUAGCUAAUGAUUUCGUGAUAAUAAUUUAUUCAUUUUCAUGGGAUCUCACUGUUCAUAAAUCCAUAUAUUACAGUAUUUUUACGGAGACUUCUGUUGUUGAACCAAUGGACUAACAAUGUUUUGUAUUGACUAUCAUUAGAACGGUUGUUAAAAUAUGCUUGCUUGAAAUGCGUGCAAUAAUAUUUUAUAUGCAUGGUAUAUUACAUUAUGUAAAAGUACAUGCUUUAUUUUUGUAAAUUUUGUAAUUAUGCUGUAUUAGUAUUAGGAUAUGAUCGUUGGUUUAUUGUUAUGCGGUAAUGGUAAUUGUUUUGAUUUUGGUAUUUUAAGAAAUACACAUUAAACUAACAAGUCACUGUGGAAAUAUUGCAUUUCUAUAAGUGGAGGAAUAUAUCUAACAUGGUUUUCCUGUAACAAAACUUUCUACAACAAUCCAUUACAGAGGAAAAUCGUUUGAUCUGAAAUACAAAAUAAAUGGGGUUGUUUUAUUGUUUGUGGUUCAGAAGAUAUUUAAUAUAUUUUAUGAGAAGAACGAGUUUAUAUAUUAGUCAAUUUGUAAAGUGCUUUUUUCUUUAUAGACAUAAAUUAAGUUGACAUGUAAUUUCUCGUUUACACUGACAUGUAUUUUUUUUAAAAUAAUAUCUCCCUUAUUGACAUUAGUUAUUUUUUAAAUUUUCCUUUCGUAUUGAUAUGUAGUUGUUCACAAUUGUUUUCAUAUGUACAUGUUAUUGUACUUAUGUUUUGUAUGUAUCCAAUUUACCUUACAUGGCCAUAACUGAACAGGGUGGAUAUAUCUUUCUGUUUUUAUUGAAACUAAGCUCAACAUGUUCCCCACAACACAUGACUUUUUGUUCUUGUUCUCACAUAUACCAAACAGGCUUAAAGUAAGCAAUGUCUAUGUUAAUGUUUUGGUUGCACUAUUCUAUAAAACAUUUUUACAUUGUUCUGUUGUUUUUUUGGAUUGAAGCAGUUUUUGGCUCUUCUUUAAUCCAGCUGUGUUAUAGUGUUCAAGUAAGAUUUACGUGUGACGUUUGUGCAUCUAACCCUUUUAGUAUAAGAAACUUAAACUUACUGUUUUAUCUCUGAACAUUUUACAUAAGCAUCUUUUGAUAGAAAGAAAUGAACAGAAACUAAAUGUACAUUGUCUAUAAUCUAACGUGUAUGCUGCGGGAUACAUGUACGUAAUGGUAUCCCUUGUUUUAUCCGAAGAGUCAACUAGUUACAUACAACUACUAUAAAAUGAACGAAUAUGCUCGGAAAGAAUUAGUGCAUCAAUAAUGUCUGUUUUAUAUCCUUAAUGUUGCAAGCUUUCAGAUAGCUUGCCACCAUGUUUAUAAAAAUAUAAAAGAUUGUUCAUUAUUUAAUCAUACAGGAUUAAUUUGUUCAUAUAAAUAUGUGUUUGUUUAGACUACUACACAAUGAGACCAUCUUUAAGUCCAUGUUUAACAAGAACAUAGUAAUACCGGGCAUCACAUGGUAAACCGAGUUAUUAUACUACCAUCACCUAGUGAUAUGGUUUAUAUAAAAAUCUCUUUAGUUUCGGACAUCGGGACACGUCUACUUUUUUCAUUACAACAUAUCUUUUUGUGAUAUUUACCUCAAACUUCAUACAUAUAUUUAGUGUUUGGGAAGAUGUGCUGUGCAAAAUAGACAUUUUUUAUGUAUGGUAUUUUUCGAAUUAUUGCCCUUCGAUUAUUUUUUUUCACUCCUCUCAACCUGACAGUCUUGUCAGGAGCAUAAAUUAACAAAAUCUUUGAGGUAUUUACUUCAAAUUUAUAUACAGAUAUAUUUCAUUAAGACGACUAGCAGUGCACAGAAACACGACUUGUCUGCAGAAUAUUUUUCAUAAUUAUUUUAGAUCCGGAGCAUAACUUGAAAAAGCGUCUUUGAUGUAUUAACUUCAAACUUCAUAUUCUGAUAGAUCCCAUAAAAGAAAAGUGCAAUGCGCAGGGACCAUAAGCAUGGCUGCAAUAUAUGGUUAGUUAUUGCACUUAGUUAUUUUUAUACUUAUUUUCAAGUCUUUGAGAUAUUGACUUAAAACUUCAAAAUUAUACAGAAAGGUCUCAUUGAGUAAAAAUGCAGUACACAAGAACUAUAACUCAGGGUGCAAUAUUUUUUAUUCAUUGCCCUUUGUUAGUGUUCAUACUUAUUCUUUGCCCGGAGCAUAUUUUGAAAACUCCUUGAGGUGUUGACUCCAAACAUCAUAUACAGAUAUGUCUUAUACUAAGGAGGAGUGCAGGGCACAGGAUCCAUAACUUUGAGUGCAGUUAUUUUGUAGUUAUUGUCCCUUAAUUGUAAUCCUCUUGUACGACGAAAUUGAUACUUUAGUAAUCGACGGGGAUACGGCAGUUUUUGACUGCUUUUGUUAUACUAGUCUGUUUUGAGGUAUUGAUUUAAACUGUACACCCGAAACAUUUGUGUUUGGUUUUCUCAAUUAAAAACUGUGCUUUGCUUAAGUAUGUUAAGUUGUUAUGGUCCUUUUUUCUAAUUACUAGUACCAUUUACUUCAUUGAUGCCUUAUCAAAUACAUCGGCCAUGCAAUGAGCAUACACAUCUCCCAGUGAUACUUCUUAUUACAGAAAGGUGGUGUAGUGGGUGCUCUGAUAGCCAGUGAUACCUCUCGUUUAUAUAAAUAUUUGAGGUUUGUAAAGGUUUUGGUGAUUUCUCCUAUAAUUUAUAUCAUUUUUUGGGGGGUGAGUGUAUUUCCUUGUUAGCUCUGUGAUGGAUACGCUUUCAAUCAUGUUGACUAUUUUGGAUACCAUACCUGUGUUAAGAUGAUAAUGACUUUAUAAAAUGUUUUAUUCAUAUUUCUUAUUGCACUUAGUUUAGUUGCGUUUUCUUUGUCUUUCAGUCAAAGUGGUUUAUCUAAGCAAUAAAGGAUUUAUUCUUGGUA